UAACGUGAAGAAGCCAUGGCUGUUCUUACACACUGGUAAAAUGAAUAACCAAGUAACACCAGAAGAAGCAAAAAUCGUAGAAGAUCAAGCAUUUGAGGCUUCUUGCAAGAAAGCUAGAGUGUCUGUAAGAGCACUGUCAUCAGAAUCUUUGAAGGGAGAUGGGUGUCAAUGGAGAAAAUAUGGACAAAAGAUAUCAAAGGGUAACCCUUGUCCUCGGGCCUAUUAUCGUUGCAACAUGGGAACAUCAUGUCCAGUUCGCAAACAGGUUCAGAGGUGUGCUGCAGAUGAAAGUGUUGUCAUUACAACCUACGAAGGGACUCAUAAUCAUUCACUCCCUCCGCCAGCUAGAUCCAUAGCUUCCACAACAUCAGCAGCACUCACCAUGUUCCUUUCUGGCUCCACCACUAGUUCAGCUUCUACCUUCUAUCCAUCUGCAUCAUCAUGUCCCACUGUAACACUUGACUUAACCCAGCCCACUAAGAACUACCUCAAAUUCCCUCUUUCACUCAAUGCUUACCCUCACAACUAUGAAGGAUUACCCUCAGACAAACACCUUUCCUUGGUCCAUCUUCUUAGUGCUGCCAUCACUAGGGAUCCUUCUCUUAGGGCAGCAUUAGAAGCAGCCGUUUCCUCUAUGAUUGCAGAUUCUCAGAACAUCAACAACCACGGCCCUUCUUCUUAGAUGUCCGUUCAAGUUUCACAGAUCUUAAAUGUUGUAAGUGUAAUAUCGAUAUUUUAUGCUAUUUCUGGCAAAUAAUCAUAAGCAUGUAGAGAGUUUUUAAUCUUCAA